AUGCCUAGAACUACAAUGAAUUCGCAAAACGCUAAUAAUUCUACAACAAAACAAAAUGUUAGUACUCCUGUUAGAGCUACAACGUCCACUGCGUCUACAGUAUCCACAGCCAGUACUGUUCAACAAAAUCCUUUACCCACACACAAUCCUUUGCCUAAUGAGACAAAUUUUUCUGAAGCAAACCGUGAAAUGAAUCCUCAAAUGAUUAGUUUAACAGAACGUCAGUUUUCUAUCCUAAUGGGAAGUUUUAAUCCUAGACAGGAAAACAAGUCGACCUUUAGCUCCUGUAGUGCUAGAUUCAAUGGUGGUCGUAGUGCCACAAAAGUGGAAGAUUUUAUCGCCACUGUCCAUGUUUUCAAAGAAGCUGAGAAUGUGUCCGACACGUUUGCUCUUCUCAGUCUUCCUCUACUACUCGAAGGCUAUGCCUCAACCUGGUGGCAGGGUGUAAAACACGAAGCCAAAACUUUUGAUGAAGCUAUUACGCUUUUAAGAAAUGCAUUUUCCCCUCCAAAACCUGACUGGAGAAUUUUCUCUGAAAUAUUUCAGGAUAAACAAAAACCAAAUGAACCAACUGAUAGUUUUGUCUGCAGAAUAAGACGAUUGUUUGCCCAACUUAAGGAAAGAAUUUCAGAAAAAACAAUAAUAAAUAUGAUAUUUUCCCAAAUUGCUGUUCAAGUCAGAGAAAAAAUCAAUGGAGAUUGUGUUGAAACUUUCCAAGAUUUACUAAACAAAGCUCGUGACAUCGAAUUAACCCUUCUAGAAAAUAGUGAACCCAUACGAAAAAAUAUAGAGCCUAAAGAAAAAUCCAACGCCCGAUGCACAUUUUGUAGGAAUAGAAAUCAUUCCGCAGAUGUUUGCUACAAACGAAUUGAGCAGGAAAGAAAAGGCAAACAAGAAGAAGUUAAAUUGAGUUGUUAUGGUUGCGGUGCUACUGGGUACUAUAGGUCAAAUUGUCCCACAUGCAACAAUAAAACUGCUAGUAAUAUGGAAAGUCCUAAAGAACUUGAUUUUAAUAGUAUCCACACCACAAUAGUCGGCAGAAAUGUCCCAACAGUAAACAUAAAUGUAAAUGGUUUGAAUGGUGAAGCCUAUAUGGACACAGCCGCAAGAACAAGUGUAGCAGGACAUUAUCUUUUUCGAAAAUUGAAAGAAAAAGGAGUAGUUUUUCAAAAAGUACAAGCGGAAAUAACGUUAGCCGACGGAAGUAUAAGUAAAGAUACGGUGUUAUCAACAAUAGUAAACAUAACUAUUGGAAAACGUUUAAAACGUAUACGAUUUAUAUGCUUACCGAAUGCCAAAGAUAACAGAACUCUAGAAAAUUACGAAACACCAAAAGUUUCUGAUUUAUUUCCUCCCUUGAAAAAAAUAAAACUAAAUGACGAAUCACCAACAAAUUACUGUUUUGAAUUAAAUUCAAUUGAUAUAAAUUUAAGAAUUGAUGAAGCGCCAAACUUAAACAAAAUGCAAAAAGAAAAUCUUGAAAAACUUAUAAAAGAACAAAAAGAAAUUUUCGAAAGUAUUACCAACCCAAUACAGAGUGUUGUUCACACAAUCAACACAGGAGAUCACGAGCCAAUUGCUAAUGCUCCGUACCGUCUUUCGCCCGCGAUGAAACAAAAACUUCGCAAUGAGCUUGAUGACAUGCUACAGCAAAAUGUUAUUGAAGAAACUGAAUCUCCAUGGGCCUUCCCAGUGGUUCUUAUACCCAAAAAGGAUGGAAAUAUAAGACUUUGUGUAGACUACAGACGUCUCAAUGCAAUAACAGUGACGGAUACUUACCCACUACCAAGGAUCGACGAUGUAUUGCACGCAGCUAAAACUACACCUUUUAUGACCACUCUAGAUCUAAAAUCAGGCUAUUGGUAA